AUGACUACCGAGCAGACCUUCAUCGCUAUCAAGCCUGACGGUGUUCAGCGUGGCCUCAUCGGUCCCAUCAUCACCCGCUUCGAGAACCGCGGCUUCAAGCUUGCCGCCAUCAAGCUCGUCACUCCCUCCAAGGAGCACCUCGAGAAGCACUACGCCGACUUGAGCGACAAGCCCUUCUUCCCCGGUCUAAUUGCCUACAUGGGCUCCGGCCCCGUCUGCGCCAUGGUCUGGGAGGGCCGUGACGCCGUCAAGACCGGCCGCUCCAUCCUCGGUGCUACCAACCCCCUCGCCUCCGCCCCCGGCACCAUCCGUGGUGACUUCGCCCUCGACGUUGGCCGCAACGUCUGCCACGGCUCCGACAGCGUCGAGAACGGCAAAAAGGAGAUCGCUCUCUGGUUCAAGGAGGGUGAGGUCCAGAGCUGGAAGUCCGCCCAGCAUGACUGGGUUUACGAGAAAUAG